CGUGAGUGAAAGCAUUGGAGUCGGUUUGUUGUUCUGGGAAAGUGUGUGAGCUCCAACAGAUGUGGUCCAUCAGAGCCUGUGUGUGUCCGGAUAAACCUGUCUGGUGGACUUUGUGCUGCUCACCUUCUUUCUGAAUGUUUUACCUCGGACUCAUCUCCCGGAAGCUACAAAGCUAACGACGCUAGCUUAGCAUGCUAGCUGCUUAGCAACAGUUUGAAGGAAAACAAACAGUGUUUUUGACGGAGUUUGUUCGGAGGAAAAGUUUCUGUCAUCGUGUGAAAAUGUCUAAAGUCCCAAUGCUGAGAGGGCUGGUGGAGCAGCGACUAACUGCGGCUGCUGAAGAGAUAUUUGGGCUGGUUGAAAGAACGAUAGCAGAGUACGAGGAGGAACUGUGUCGUUCAAAAGAGGAGCACGAGCGCCAACUACUGGACGCUGUUUUCAGCCCUCAGCUCCGGCUGCACAGAGCAGAGCUCCCACAGCAACAUGUCUGUAAGGAGGAGGAGGUUCUCUCUGACCAGCAGCUCUGUAUUCAGGUGAGGAACUCCAGUCUGGACCGAGAGGACCCAGAGCCUCCACAGAUUAAAGAGGAACUGUGCACCAGUCAGGAGGGAGAGCAGCUUGUCCUGAAGCAGGAGACUGAUACCUUUAUGUUGAGUCUUACUUAUGAGGAAAGGGACCACAGUGAAGGUCAGACUCUGAACUUAAACCCUGAUGAUGACACUCUAAAUGCAGCAGAGAAAGAGUCUUUAGCCAACAUGCCAGUUAUAACCUCUGUGGAAUCAGAAGCAAACAGUGACCACCAGCUCCGUAGAGCUGAGAGCCAAGACCAGAAAGGAGGCCAGCAUGGAGACUCAGGAUCAGCUAGAAAUGCAGAGCCAGAACCAAAGAAGAGACAACGCAAGAGCAGAAGUCACAGCAACAACGUAGACAACACUAACGUAUCAGAAACAGACGUCCAGAAGCUGUCGGUGGUUAAAGCAGAGGUUCCCCCUGAGCAGCAGGGGUGGAGCUCCAGUCUGGACCAGGAGGACCCAGACCCCCCACACAUUAAAGAGGAACAGCAGCAGCUCUGGACCAGUCAGGAGGGAGAGCAGCUUCAAGGGCUGGAGGAGGCUGAUAUCAAGUUCCCGUUCACUACUGUCCCUGAGAAGAGUGAAGAAGAUGAUGAAGAGAAAGCUCAGUCCUCUCAGCUUCAUGAAAGCCAAACUGAGGAGAACAGAGAAGCAGAGAGAACAGGAGAUGAUAGAGAGGACUGUGGAGGACAAGAACCAGCCAGGAACUCAGAUCCAGAUAGUCCUUUACAACCAGCUACUCAUGACAAGACUUCAGACUCCUCUGAAUCUGAAUCUGAGACUGAUGAUAGUGCAGAAUGGGAGGAGACUAGGGAACCUCAGACAGGUUUAAACCCUCUGCCAAACAAUGAAAAACCUGUAAGUGAUGUUGGAUGUAACACUGGAAACACAUCAGUUAGCUCCUCUGAAUGUACAGGAAGCUUUGGCCGCAAAAAAAAUCUUCAGAAACACUCUGGAGACCAAACAGGAGAGAAACCAUUUAGUUGCUCAGUUUGUGGUAAAAGAUACCUUCGGAAGAAAACCUUAACGACUCACAUGAAACUUCAUUCAAAAGAAAAAUGUUCCACCUGCUCAGUUUGCAAAUUAAGUUUCUGUCAGCUUGGCAAUUUGGUUGUACACGUGAGAAUCCACAGAGGUGAAAAACCAUUUAGUUGUUCAGUUUGUGAUCAAAAAUUUGCACUGAAGCAAAAUCUGAGACGACAUUUGACUGUCCACACGGGAGAAAAACCAUUUAGUUUCUCAGUUUGUAGUAAAGGUUUUACACAAAAGAAAACUCUGAGACAACAUUUGACUGUCCACACAUUUUGCUUCACAGAAUCAAUCCGCUCACUAAUUGAAAACAACCCUGCUAUUAUUAUGAGCAUGCUCCUUUCAAUUACAGAUUCAAUUCUACAGAAUGAGCAGCAUAGACGUCAUGACUGUUGGUUUUCUAGGACUCUACAACACUUACUAGUAAAUUAUUUGCCAUGUAGAAAUAUCACUUUUACCAAAAAAUAUGAUUUAUGAGUUUAGUGAUGCUAUUUUUUAAACAUCCGUGACCACGACAUAUGCGCCUGUGUUUCAGUGGCGUCAGUGAUGCUCAGCAGUUUUAUUCCAGAGCACAGCAGAAAGCUCUGCUGAGCUUCAGAAAUACUUGAGGAAAUGUAGCUUGUGUGGACAAUACCACAUUACACUACCAUAUUACUUA